ACAAAAAGAACAAUAAAGCAAGCAACAACAAAAGCACUGUGACAAAGUACCAAAGUGCAGCGACGUUGUCGUCGACGUUGACGCUGCGUCGCCUGCAUGCUUGCCUUAAUUUUGUGCUUCCUGUGGAGAAUGGACAAAAACAACAAAAACAAACAGUGGCAAUAAAAAGCAACAAGUGGAAACAACAUCGAAAAUAACAUCAGCCGAAGCAACAAUAACAACAACAGCUUUCUUUAAAAGCCGGCUGCGCAGCAUUAAGAAGAAGAACGCGCAUAAGCAUCGAGUGCCAUAGUGUAAGUGGGAGAGUGCGAGCGGAGAGAGCACUGCAGCAAUAGCAAAUCAACUGUUCUCUUUCGGAUCUCCUUUUGUUCAGCAACUUGUCAAAAUGUGUGCGUUUAAUCUAGUGAGCGACUUCCACGUGGCGGCGGUUCUUCCAGAAAGCCGCCUGGAUGCGUUUUUGCUUUGAUCGGCUGUGCUUCGCCACCAAGCGGCCAGCCAGCAAUAGCAAUAGCAACAGCAAUAGCCAUCAGCAGCAGAGCGGCACAAAUGAGCCGUGCAGCAGCAGCAGUAGUAGUCAUAUCAACAAUACACACACCAAUACAAAUACAAAUGCAACCACCGCAACCACCGCACAGCCAGCCGUCACUCUCUAUGCCGACUACCAGAAGCUGCAGCCAGCGAUAAUCAGAAGAGACGACACCGAGGCCAAGCCACCGGACAUCAACUCAGAGAACAGUCGAGAGCAGCCGCCGCCAGCAAGCAGCUCCACCCCCCAAACAGCACCACCACCACCACCACCAGCAGCACCGCCAACAGCACCGCCAGCAGCAGCACUCGUAGAGCGUCGCUAUCGGCGCCACAGCAGCGCCGAAGAUCAGCAGCGCACGAGAGCGAUUGCGAGCGCGAUUGCGAUUCUAUUGCCGAGAGCUAAUUCGAAUACGAGUCUGAGAAAAGCGGCCAGCAUGCAGCAGGAGCCGAACGCCAACUAUCAGUUUCAGCCCGACCUGGGUCUGGUGAACAUCGUCAACAACAACAACAAUAACAUCGGCAACAACAGCAACAGCAGCAAUAGCUUUGCCAACAACAGCGGUGGCAUCGUUACGCUGCCCGCAGCCAACAGCAUUGGCUACCUCGGCCUGGAGCAUACAGCGGCGGGUCUACGCCUGAUACCCGCCCCGGCGCCGCCCUGCCACUCGGACGUGCUGACGCAUACGCUGAUCUACGGCACACCGCCCUCGGGCACGCCUCAACAGCUGCACACAGAUCCGCGCAGUCUGCUGCACCAGCAGGAGCUGCAGCUGCAGCAGCGAUAUCAGCAACUGCAACAGUUGCAGGCGCAGACUCAGGGCGUUUAUACGGCCUCGGCCAGCCCCGUGGCCGGGAUCUAUCAGCCGAGCAGCCAGCCGGUGGCCAUACCCGGCACCUGUAAUUCACCCACCGCCCAGCCACAGCAACAAUUGCAGCAGCAAUUGCAACAGCAGCAACUACAGCAACAGCAGCAGCAGCAACUGCAGCAGCAACAGCAACAGUUGCAGCAGCAGCAGCAUCCACAGCCACCCAACUCCUUGGCGCUGGCUCAGCAAAUGCAGGGCCUGCGUAUUUCCGGCUGCACGCCGGGCAACAGCUCGGCCACGCCCUCGCCGGUGGGCAUGGUCGAUGCGACGCUCAUGAUGAGCAACACGUAUGUGGCGGCCACGCCGCAGGAGGAGCGCUUCCUGCAAAUCAUUCAAGCCAAGGAGAUGAAGAUUCAGGAAAUGCAGCGCGCGCUCCAAAUUAAGGACAAUGAAAUUGCCGAGCUGCGUUCCCAUCUGGAUAAGUUCCAGAGCGUUUUUCCCUUCAGUCGCAGCAGCGCCGCCGGCUGUGCAGGCGUUGGCUCCGCUUCGCCCGGCGCUGGCAACGGCCCCGGUUCCGGCAGCGGGCCAAGCACGGCCACAGGCGCCACCCGCAAGUCGGGGCAGACGUUUCAGCGUCAACGCGCCCAGGGUAUCUCGGCGGAGCCACAGAGCGAAUCCUCCGUGCUGCUCGAUCACAUCAGCUUUCCCAAAUACGAGAAGGAUGAGCGCUCCCGUGAACUUAUCAAAGCGGCCAUUUUGGAUAACGACUUCAUGAAAAACUUGGACUUGGCCCAAAUACGCGAAAUUGUCGAUUGCAUGUAUCCGGUCAAGUAUCCAGCCAAGAAUCUAAUCAUCAAGGAGGGAGAUGUCGGCAGCAUUGUCUAUGUUAUGGAAGAUGGACGCGUGGAGGUGUCACGCGAGGGCAAGUACCUGUCGACGCUCUCCGGCGCCAAGGUGCUGGGCGAAUUGGCCAUAUUGUACAAUUGCCAGAGGACGGCGACAAUCACAGCGAUCACCGAGUGCAAUCUGUGGGCGAUCGAACGCCAAUGCUUCCAGACAAUCAUGAUGCGAACGGGCCUCAUUCGGCAGGCGGAAUACACGGAUUUCCUCAAGAGCGUGCCCAUUUUCAAGGACUUGGCCGAAGAUACACUGAUCAAAAUCUCCGAUGUGCUUGAAGAGACGCACUAUCAGCGGGGUGAUUAUAUUGUGCGCCAGGGCGCUCGUGGCGACACCUUCUUCAUCAUCUCGAAAGGCAAGGUGCGUGUGACAAUCAAGCAGCAGGAUACCCAGGAGGAGAAAUUCAUCCGCAUGUUGGGUAAAGGUGACUUCUUUGGCGAGAAGGCCUUGCAGGGAGAUGAUCUGCGCACAGCCAACAUCAUUUGUGAGUCGCCCGAGGGCGUCAGCUGUUUGGUCAUUGAUCGCGAGACAUUCAAUCAGCUAAUAUCGAGCCUGGACGAGAUCAAGCAUCGCUAUGACGAUGAGGGUGCCAUGGAACGCAGAAAGAUCAAUGAGGAGUUCCGCGACAUUAAUCUGACAGAUCUGCGUGUGAUUGCCACACUGGGUGUGGGAGGCUUCGGGCGCGUGGAGCUGGUGCAAGUGAAUGGCGACAACUCGCGUUCGUUUGCCCUCAAGCAGAUGAAGAAGUCGCAGAUUGUGGAGACGCGUCAGCAGCAGCACAUCAUGUCCGAGAAGGAAAUAAUGGGCGAGGCCAAUUGCCAGUUCAUUGUGAAACUGUUCAAGACCUUCAAGGACAAGAAGUAUCUGUAUAUGCUGAUGGAGAGCUGUCUGGGCGGCGAACUCUGGACGAUAUUGCGUGAUAAGGGCAACUUCGAUGAUGCCACGACUAGAUUCUAUACGGCUUGCGUGGUUGAGGCAUUUGACUACCUGCACUCGCGCAACAUUAUCUACAGGGAUCUGAAGCCGGAGAACCUGCUGCUGGAUGAGAAGGGAUACGUGAAGCUGGUGGACUUUGGCUUUGCCAAGAAACUGCAGACGGGCCGCAAAACCUGGACUUUCUGUGGCACGCCCGAAUAUGUGGCGCCUGAGGUGAUACUGAAUCGAGGACAUGACAUAAGCGCCGAUUACUGGUCACUUGGCGUGCUCAUGUUUGAGCUGCUCACGGGAACUCCACCGUUUACGGGCUCGGAUCCCAUGCGCACAUACAACAUUAUACUUAAGGGCAUCGAUGCCAUCGAAUUUCCGCGCAAUAUCACACGCAAUGCCAGCAAUUUGAUCAAGAAACUGUGUCGCGAUAAUCCCGCCGAGCGUUUGGGCUAUCAACGCGGCGGCAUUAGCGAAAUACAGAAACACAAAUGGUUCGAUGGCUUCUAUUGGUGGGGCCUGCAGAAUCGCUCUCUGGAGCCACCAAUAAAGCCCAGCGUGAAGAGCGUUGUGGACACAGCCAAUUUCGAUGAGUAUCCACCCGAUCCGGAGGGACCGCCACCAGAUGAUGUUAGUGGCUGGGACAAGGAUUUCUAGUGUAGAAAACGUACGGAAUGUUUUUUUUUUAAAUUUUUUUUUUUGACGCUGCUCUCUAACGAACUAUGUCGCGCAUCUGCUGCCACUGGAGACAGAGGGUUAUUGAUAAGCGAUCGGUUGGAUCUUAACUAGUGCGCCAUUUGUGUGCCAAAGCAAUAGUCAGGAUCAGGCUUCCACAAUAAUGAAAGCUGAUCCCCCAAGUAGCAGUCGCAACGCCUAGGGUCCUCAUACUACUAAUCGUAAUCGCAAAGAAAAAAAAAAAAAAAAAAAAAAAAAAAAAAAGGAUACACAUCUGCACACACCCAUCUACAAGCAGCUUAAGCAUGCAGCUCAUUGUCUCAGAGAUCUGAUUAUCAUGAUAACAUUGUGCAACACUAUGAAUUUAUUAACGAGUUUAUAAACUAUUAUUAUGUAAAGAUUGAGAAAUCUAUGUCUUCUAGUUCAUUGGAUAUCGAUAGAAAUUGUAAGUAGGUUCCUGUGUCCUGGCAUUGCUCUAAUUUAGCCAUGUGCAUUGUGUAAAUUGUUUUCCCCUAUCUAUUAUCUAUAAUCAAAUUAUAA